UCAUACCAGGAGACAGGCUACGGUUCAAAUUCCGAAUUGGUUUCUUCACAUGAAAACAAUCGUCAAAGAUGUAAUACAGAGGUACAAAGUAGCAACAUGCAGACAAGUUACCGUCUGAAUGCCAUGGAAACAAUGAACUAUCCAAAACAUCUAGAUUAUGUCAAUCUCCAACAUAGAUUAGACUCCUAUAGCAACUGGCAAAAUGAUCAGUCGAUACAACCAAGAGCUCUUGCAGAAGCAGGUUUCUACUACGCAGGGUUUGGUGAUUGUGUACGUUGUUACUUUUGUGAUUGUGGUUUACAAAAUUGGAAGGAGGGUGGAGAGAGAACAGACUCAAAGAAAGACCGCGGAUGUAGGAGUGAUGGAUCCUAUGACAAGAAGAAUAAUACAAGCUAUGGAGGAUAUGGGGUUUAAAUCUGAUGUCGCGAAGCAUGCGGUUAUGGCAGUAAAAAAUCAAACUUCUGGGCAGUAUGAUGUGAUGCUCAAUGAAGCAGUUACCUGGGCUUUAGAUCAAGAAAGUAAUAACAGAGCUGUCUUCCAAACUUCAGACGACCAGACUCAGCCGCAGGCAUGUGUCCCAUUAGAAUCUUCAGACGCUGUUGCGGGAGCUACCGGGUCUUCAACAUCAACCAACUGUCAAGAUGUUGCGUGUUUAAAAGCAGAAAACCAGCAGCUUAGAGAGUUGCUCAGAUGUAAAAUAUGUUUGGAUAGGCAGAUGGAAGUUACCUUCUUACCAUGCGGUCAUCUAGUUUGCUGUUUUGUAUGUGCAGCUAACAUACACAAGUGUCCUUUCUGUAGGAAAGAGAUAAGUGGCACUACCAAUACAGGUAUACCACAUUGAUAACAAACGAGAGAAAACUCAGCAUGGCAAACCCCGUGGUGAAGAAAUUGAUAGUAAGACUCCUUUGCAGGGAAGCGUGAACAAUGUUGCAGCUUACAUUCAGACUGUCUUCAAGACAGUUGUUCCAUUGUUCACAAGGGGUCUCCGUUUUCCAGAUUUUCAUAUUCACGAAUUGAGAUAUUUGAAAAAGAUUGAAGGCGAAUUACAUUACAUACUGAAGCUCUAUGAACACCAAGUCUUGGAAAGGGUCCUUUCAACAAAGGCAGCUAAAUGCUUAGUUUUAGCGAGAGAAAAUUGCAGUUUGAAGCUAUUUCGGUAAAUAAUUACUGUAACAAAUCAAUAUAUUCUGCAAUAAAUUGCUUAUUGAAAAAGGUGUUCCGGUAUUAUCAUGAAACUACAAAGGAUAUAUUUGUAAAAUAAAUUGUUAACUUGUUUUGUUUUGUCAGUUGCGCCAGAUUUUGUGUAUUUGGUGAUCACAAUUUGGCGUUGAGAUUAAUUCCGUAUACGCCCAACCUUUAGGAUGAAUCAUUGGUUCUGAGAGGCUCUGCGAGAACAAAGAAAUUAAACUGUUUUUGGUGUUUUCUAAGAGACCGACAAUUAUGAAAGCAUAUUUUGACUUUAAAAACCUGGAACACAGAACUUCAUAGGCAUUUCAUGCCUUAGUCUAAGCAUUUCAUCGACAACAUUGUUACACAAACCAAUUUUCAAUUUAUUCAACUCUGUUAUAUAUAAACCAGACAAGUUUGUAAGACGACUAAGGCCAACAUAAUGCAUGUGAUUAACCUUUCUAUGACCAAAAUGCAAAAUUGCCUUUUGCAAUGUAGAUCCCUGAGAUUUAUGAAUUGUUUUGGCUGCUGCUAAAUUUAGAGGAAAUUGCCUUCUUGCGAUUAAAUAUGUUUUAAAAAACUGUAUGGUAAAUUUCCUAGAGGUUUCAAAAACUGGUGUCCAUGAUAGUGGAAUAUCAUUGUUAUAUAAAUGCUUGUACUUUGUUCUACACCUUUGACCAAUGCUAGUACUUAUAAACUCAACCCAAACAAUACUGCAACGCUCAGAAUUUUCUACUCUAUAAUCAAAUUUCUUCAUAAAAAAUCAAAAACAAAAAAAAACAUAAUCACACCGAGUCUUCAAUUUGCACCUUCUGGCAGUUGUUCCAUUGUUCACAAGGGGUCUCAGUUUUCAAGAUUUUAAAUUCACGAAUUGAGAUAUUUAAAAUUUGAAGGUUUGUGCACGAUGUCGAAUUACAUUGCAUUCUGAAGCUCUAUGAACACCAAGUCUUAUAAAGGGUCCUACAAAGGCAGCAAAAUGCUUAGUAUAAGCGAUGGAAAAUGGCAGCUUGGAUUUACUUAAAUUUUGUUUUAUACAUUGAUUUCUGCAGGGAAGUAUACAUGGACAUGUACAACACUAUCGCAAAUAGCAAAUACGUGUGAAACCCAAAAAUGCAACUAAAAUAGACUUAUAAUAAUUAAGAAGCGUGUUCUGUGCUACCCUAGGAUUGCCCAUUAAGCUUAAAUCUUUUUUCCAAUGGGAUUCAAUGUAAAGGAAAAUUAAUAAUAUAUACUUACACAUAUUAAUAUUGAUUGUAGUCAUUAGCAUAAUAUACAUGAUAUUCAUAUGUAACUUUUCUUUGUAAACUCAACUCUUUCUUUACUAUAGCUAUUUCGGUAAAUAUCUGUUGUAACAAAUCAAUAUAUUCUGCAAUAAAUUGCUUAUUGAAAAAUGUU